AUGUCGAGCCACGUUGUGAAGAUUCUGACUUCCUUGGUCUGGGUGAUCGUGAUCUCGAUCCUCACUAAUAUUCUCAAGCAACUGUUCUUCCGGAAUUCUCACGCACCACCAGUGGUAUGGCAUUGGUUCCCCUUGAUUGGCAGCACGGUGGAUUAUGGGCAAGACCCAUACAGGUUCUUCUUCAAAUGCCGAGAAAAGUAUGGCGACUUCUUCACCUUCGGGCUGCUUGGGAUGAAAGUCACAGUAUUUCUGGGGGCUAAAGGCAACAACUUCAUCUUGAAUGGGAAGCUGAAGGACCUCAACGCUGAAGAAGUAUAUGGUCCUUUAACCGUGCCGGUCUUCGGUCGAGGCGUGGUUUACGACGUGGACAAUGCAAGGUUCAUGGACCAAAAAAGGUUAUUAAAAGAGGGCUUUACAAGUCAGAACUUGCGCGCAUACGUUCCCCAAUUUGUCAAAGAAACCGAGCUGUACAUCGAUACCAAUGCUGCCUUCCGAGGUGAGGGCGGGGUGUGCGACAUAUCUACCGUGCUCUCUGAGAUUUCAUUGUACGCAGCGGCUGGUUCACUCCAAGGAAAAGAGGUCAGGGAUUCUUUCGACUCUUCGUUUGCCACUUACUACCGCCAUCUCGACGACGGCUUUGCCCCCGUCAACUUCAUGUUCCCGUGGCUGCCCAUACCUGUGAAUCGGCGACGAGAUCGGGCGCAGAAGAUGAUGGCCAACCUGUACAUGGCCAUUAUCAAGAAGCGACGCUCGACCGGGAAUCAAGAUGGCAGCCAUGACAUGCUUUGGGCCCUCAUGGACGGCCGCUACAAAGACGGGACUCGACUCUCAGACGAGGAGAUAGCUAACCUCAUGAUUGCCCUCCUCAUGGGGGGACAGCACAAUACUGCAGCCUCUGGAACUUGGAUCAUGCUUCAUCUAGCUCACCGCCCACAGCUUAUUCAAGAGUUGUACCAAGAGCAGCUCAAUGUCCUCGGUGGCCAAGCACCAACACACGACACGUUGCAGGACCUCACACUGCAUAACAACGUCAUCAAGGAAACGCUCCGUCUCCACAGCCCGAUACAUUCCAUAAUGCGCAAGGUCAAGCAGCCGAUGCAGAUCCCCGAGACAGACGUCGUCGUCCCCGCAGGCCACAUCUUGCUCGCCGCUCCCGGAGUCCCUUCUCGAUGUGAGGAGUUCUUUCCGGACCCGAUGGCCUGGAAGCCGCAUCGGUGGGACAAGCCCGACGAGGCUCCGGAGCAACAACCGCAACAACAGGGCGAGAAGAGCGAGGACAAUGACACAAUAGAUUAUGGGUACGGAGCUGUCUCCUCAAAGGCAGUGAACAGCCCUUAUCUGCCCUUCGGCGCCGGCCGACAUAGGUGCGUUGGCGAAACUUUUGCUUAUGCACAACUGGGAGCUAUACUUGCCACGAUGGUGAGGCUUUUGCAGUGGGAGCAAGUCGACCCCACUGCGCCUGUGCCAGCAACGGACUAUUCUUCCAUGUUCUCACGGCCAAUGCAUCCAGCUACAAUCAAGUGGCGGCGUCGGCAUUAA